AUGGCGGCUGUUACUCUGCAACCGCCUAUCUCGGCAUCUUCACAUAUGCCAACAAAUGGAUUAACUGGGCCGUCGACAUCAGCAUCACUCCCGGUGGACAGUCAUGCUACUACACAAGAUUUCAAGACCAUUGAUGGUCUUAUCAAGACUCGGUCAAGUGAAGCAUUGGCCAGCGAGCCAAUCGUUGCGUAUCCAUCAUCAGGAACCGACUACAUAUACUACACACCCCGCCAGUUGGACACUUUUGUUGAGGCCGCAGCUGUCAUCCUUUCCAGCGUGAUUCCCCAGCGACGUUCUUCGGAGGACCCUGUCCAGGUUGUAGGCUUACUUGGUCCAUCCGACUUUGAGUACAUGAUCACUCUUUUGGCCAUCUCACGACUAGGCCAUACUGUGCUUUUGUUAUCGACGCGCAUAGCAGAGGAUGCAUAUGUCAGCCUUGUGGAAAGUACCUCUGCCACUUUCCUCAUCGCGCACAAGAAAUUUGAAGCCAUGGGCCAGAAUGUUGCCAACAGAACAAACAUCGUGCUUCAACUGGGCUUGUCUCGAGAGCAAUAUGAUAGCCCAACUGCAAGAACACUCUCAUUGCCAUCAGCGUACCUGGAUGGCACCAGGGAGGCUAGCAAUAUCUGUUGGGUAAUUCAUUCAAGUGGCUCAACGGGUCAUCCCAAGCCUAUUUACCAAACGCAUUCCGGUGCGCUGAAGAAUUAUGCCAACAACUUCGGUCUUCGAGGCUUUAUUACUUUGCCAUUGUUCCACGCCCAUGGCAUUAGUUGCCUAUUCCGCGCCAUGCAUUCCCAGAAACUGAUUUACAUGUACAAUGCAAACCUCCCGUUGACAGCUCCUCAUCUUAUGGCGACACUACAAGACCACCAAGAAAUCGAAGUCCUGUACGCCGUACCAUAUGCACUCAAGCUGCUUUCUGAAUCAGAGGAGGGGCUGAAAGUUCUUGCACGUUUGGAGCUUGUCAUGUUUGGUGGAUCCUCUUGUCCCAAACCAAUUGGCGACACAUUGGUCCAGAAUGGUGUGCGGUUGGUGUCGCACUACGGAACCACCGAGACAGGCCAACUGAUGACUUCGUUCCGAGAUCGGUCAGAUCUGGACUGGGACUAUGUGCGGCCUGGUCCAUCAUUGCUACCAUACCUUCGAUGGGAGGAGCAAACACCUGGAAUUUAUGAACUUUGCGUCUUGGAGGGAUGGCCUUCCAAAGUUGCCAGUAACCGACCUGACAACUCUUAUGCAACCAAAGACCUUUUUGAGAAACACCCAACAACACCGAACGCGUGGAGAUAUUAUGCACGCCUGGAUGAUACUCUCGUCUUGGAAAAUGGCGAAAAGGCCAAUCCAUUGAUUAUUGAGGGCGUGGCCCGGAAUAACUCGAAUAUUGCUGAAGCGAUUGCCUUUGGUGCGAACAAGCCACGCCUCGGAAUGUUCAUCAUUCCGUCUGAUAGCUGUGAUGCCAAGUCGAAUCAGGAACUGGUGGACCGAAUCUUUCCUGCCAUCGAGAAAUGCAACGCAGAGUCCCCUGCGUUUGCAUACAUGUCGAAAGACAUGAUUCACGUGCUGCCAUCAGAUGCUGAGUAUCGCAAAACCGACAAAGGAACCGUCAUCAGAUCAGCCUUCUAUCGUGAUUACCAAAGUCAGAUUGAUGAGAUAUAUGAAACCGAAGAUGUUGAGGGAGAGCGUGUUUGCGAAGGGGCUGAACUGAUUGAGUUUUUGCGCCAGCAACUGCUUGAAGUUGCGCCUAACCUCGAGCCCUCUUCAUUGGAGGAUCACACUGACAUCUUCAGCCUUGGAAUAGACAGCUUGCAAUCCAUUCGACUGCGAACGGCGAUCAUGAGAACGCUUUAUCUUGGAGGUCGAAAGUUGUCACAGAAUUUUGUUUUCGAGAACCCUUCCCUCCGAGCGAUGGCCGAAGCACUGACAUGUGUUCGCCUGGGUCAAGAUCCACAGCAGGAGAUUGCAGUAGAAGAGCGCAUGUCGGCUCUGAUUGAAAAAUACUCUGCCAACUUUGAGUCACAUAUCCCAGUUGCUCGCCAGACUGAUGGUCAGCACAUCAUUGUGACUGGUGCCACAGGAUCCCUGGGAGCACAUGUCGUGGUUCAAUUAGCUCAGUCAGAGGAUGUUCGGGCCAUUUACUGCCUCGUUCGCGCAAGAUCUGCCCAUGCUGCCCGCCGUCGGGUGCACGAGUCUCUACGUGCUCGGGGCUUGUCAUAUGAUCUGAGCUCCGCACAGGAAGGGAAGAUCAUUGCCCUGCCAGCCGACUUGGGAAACAAGAAUCGCCUGGGUCUCGAAGAAUCUUCCUACAACACUUUGAUCGAGUCAGUGACGGGUGUCAUGCAUUGUGCCUGGUCUGUGAAUUUCAACUGGUCCCUGGAAAGCUUUGAGAGUAGCUGCAUCGCAGGCACCAGGAAUCUGCUAGAUCUGUGUUUACAAGUGCGCCAGCCAGUUCCUGCAAGAUUCUCAUUCUGCUCUUCUGUGAGUACAGUGGCCCGCACCCCAGGUCAUUGGGUACCAGAGGCCCUCCCCGAAUCACUCAGCUACGCACAGAAUAUGGGGUAUGCGCAGUCAAAAUUAGUCACCGAGCAUAUCAUCAAUCGAGCGGCGCACCAGACAGGCAUAAAUGCUGGUGUACUUCGAGUGGGCCAGAUCAUCGGAGACACUGCUCGGGGUAUCUGGAAUGCCACUGAAGCCAUUCCCAUGAUUUUGCGGUCAGCCGAGACAAUUCAUGCCCUCCCAAAACUGGAAGACCUUUUAUCAUGGACACCUGUCGACAUAAUCGCCACCAGUGUUAUUGAUAUCACUCUUGCUCCCGUUGCAGGAGAGGUGGUGAAUGUCACCAAUCCAACCCUCAAUCACUGGGCACGCGAUCUGCUACCACUUCUCAAGCAGGCUGGUAUGGAGUUCGAGGAGUUGAAGCCGCGCGAGUGGUUGAAUCGCCUGAGGAAUUCAAACCCUGACCCUGAAUUGAACCCACCUAUCAAGCUUGUCGAGUUCUUUGCCAGUAAAUAUGACCAUGACAGACCAGCCCAAGUACUUCUGUACGACACGAAGAAAGCACAAGCCGCAGCCCCUGCUUUGCGACAGGCCGGGGGACUCACGCUCGAUCUGGUGACACGGUUCAUCGGUUAUUUCCGACGUGAAUGCUGGGCCGGUUCACAGAUCUCUAGUCUUUCGACACAGUCCCGCGAGGUGAUAUUUCUGACCGGGCCUUGUGGCUGUGGGAAAAGCACAGCAGCCCAAGCACUAGCGACCAGAUUUGACAUACCUGUCAUUGAAGGGGAUGACAUGCAUUCACACCUGGCUCGGAAGAAGAUGGCCGAGAACAUACCACUCGAAGACAAUGACCGCUGGGAAUGGAUUGCACAUAUCCGCGGGGCAUUGAUGGACAGACUCCAGCACUCAACAGCUCCUGCAAUCGCAGUUACGUGCUCUGCGUUGAGGACUGUCUACCGCGACGAACUGCGAAGAUUACCCCAGCUGUUGGAUUUCCCUGUUAUGGUCACUUUCCUGAGACUUUCAAUUGCAGAUGAGGCACAGCUCAAGGAGCGCUUGGUCACUCGCUCUGCCAAUGAGUCCCAUUAUAUGCAUUCAACCAUGGUUGAAUCCCAGCUUGCGAUUCAAGAGGCCCCCUCGAUGUUGGAAAGUGACGUGAUCACGGUGGAUGCGACUCAGUCCAAGACGAAAGUUAUCGAGACGGUAGAAGAGACGGUGCGAAUGAUGCUCGACCUGUAG